CGGGCACCCAGUGACCUCAGCACCCGCCAACCAUGGAUCCGGUUCCUUCCACCGACGUAUGGCCCGGCUUGCGAGAUCCAAUACUCACUACUUGCCCUGCCACCUUCUUGCUUUCUUCAGUCCGGCCGCUGAUCAGACGGCGAAUUGACUGCCGGUGUUGCACUUGAACGGUGUGGUGGCUCCAAUGUGUUCGCCGUGAACGAUCAUCCCGUCUCCUGGUCUCCCACUGUCGUCACUCCUUUGUCCCUGGCCGCUUGCCGCUUGCCGCCCAACAACGAACAGCUUCGCGGCGUCGCCAACCGCCCCCGAAACUCGAAGGUCGAAACAGCAGGGCGCACUGGAAUGCCUUCUGACUAGACGACAUUAAUAACGACACAAUGGCCGAGUACGCAUUCGUACACACGGGUGCGCCAUGGGUCCAGCACGGCUCCGGCAGCAUGACACCCUCGCGCCUGCGGUCGCUGAGCCCCAUGCCCGCGAAAAAGGAGGUCACCAGGUCCAUCUCGACGCCACAUCUCGCCAAAGCCGCCAGUGAGAGCGACGGCAUGAACACGAUCCCCGACCCUCGCACCCCCACGCCGCAACCCCCAGUCUCGCGCCACAACUCGACGGACUCGCACCCAGACCUCAGCCAGGAAGUCUCGACGCUCAGCACCAAGCUCAUCAACGCGAUCAACCACUCGACGAUGCUCGACGACUCGCUGCAGCAGACGCGCCAUGAGCUGGAAGCGGCGAAGAAGCGCCUCGAGCAGCUGGAGGUGCAGGUGAGGAACCACGAGCAGAAAGUCGCAAAAGGGCUGCUGGUCGAAAAGGUCGUCUACGAGAAGAUGGAGCGCCAGAUGUCGACAGAGCUGCAGGAAGAACGCAAGCGCCGCGCAGAGGCCGAGAGGCUGAAGCGCAACACAGACAGCGAGGUGGAGCAGCUGACAGCAGCGCUGUUCGAGGAAGCCAAUGUGAUGGUCGCGGCAGCUCGCAAGGAGACUGAAGCUUCUGACAAGCGCGGCGAGCAGCUGAAGCAGCAGCUCAGCGACGCCGAAGUGCUGCAGCACUCACUGCAGGAGCAACUGCACGACCUGAAGGGCGUCAUGGAGAAGAUGAGCUCACACAGCGGCGACGACGAAAGCAACAUCCUCGGGACUACAACGGCACCUUCGACGCCUGGCAUCACUCCUGCCGACAAGAUGACGAAGCUGCUUGAAGCCACCAACCUGACGCCUAACACGCCAGGCUCUGAGGAGUUUACCCCUGAUCACCCGCUGCACUUUUCACACCUCAUCCACCCCGUCCUGCGGUCUGACUUGACGGCUUUUGACGAGUUCCAAGCCAUGCUCCGGACGGUCCCUCGCUCUGCGUCGUCGAGCCGUGUGUCGAGCGGCAACUACAGCAGUCUGAAUGUGCUGGGCCUGGGUUCACUGACAAACAGCUCGACAACGUCGCUACCGUCCUCGAUCAAACCUCCCAUGCACGGCAACAACUCGCCCCGAGAUGCGGUAGCCGGCCAAACCUUGACGAACCUAAAGGACGAGAAGUUCUACAAGCGCGCGCUGGCCGAGGACAUUGAGCCUACACUGCGACUGGACAUGGCGCCAGGUCUUUCGUGGAUGGCGCGCCGCACAGUGGUCAGCAGCAUUACAGCGGGCUCACUCGUAGUGGAGCCGAACCCAGCGACCAACUCGAGGUUUCGCGCGCCGGUGCUGCCCUGCUCGCUGUGUGGGGAGACGCGCACGGACGAGAAAUACGCCAGGAAGUACCGGUUCAAGACGGCAGACAACGAAGACUCGCAGAGAUACCCUCUGUGCGACUGGUGCCUCGGACGGGUGCGCGCAACGUGCGACUUUAUUGGGUUCCUGCGGAUGAUUGCGGCAGGGCACUGGCGGGCGGAGACGGACGCGGAGAAGAAGAAUGCGUGGGAGGAAAGCGUGCGGCUGCGCGAGCGCAUGUUCUGGAACCGCAUCGGCGGUGGCGUGGUGCCGGCGUUUGUCCCGAUGCGCGACAGCCCACGCAGUGCGACAUUUGCCAGCAGCGACAAGGCGCGGCGCAGCGAGGAGUCGACGCAGUCGCUGGAGAUGGCCGCGGACGGGCCGCGGAGCGAAGACGACCCGUUCCAGGCCGCGGGCGGCGACAGGCAGAAGCGCGUGUCGAUUGGCAACACGGUCCUCUCGCCGGAGAUGCAGGAGAUGCUCACCGAAGACGAGGAGAUGCACAUGGAGCUCAUGGUGCAGACACAGCUGCAGGCCGAGGCGCGCAGAUCGCUCGAAACCACGCCCGCGACGGGCAAGGUUACACUGCAGCGGUCGCAGUCGCAUUCGAACCCGCCGGCCACGCCGCCGCGCAAGAAGGAAGAGCGCCUGAGUCUGAAGAUCCCCGGGGGGUUUGAGUGAUUUGUCCAUGCUGUUUUGACGCAUUUGUUGUCUAGCAUUUCUACGGGCGCGCGAAACGAAACGCCGUCUUUUUGUCUUUUUUUUUUUUU